AUGUGCUUUCCAAACUUCGAACAUCCUCGACCACAUGGUGACAUGGGCUUUGAUAAUAACGCCUUGAAAGUAGUCCUAGAAUCAUUCGUAGAAGACUUGACAGAAGAGUCCGCUGAUCUGAUUGUUGAGAGACCACGAUUUGCUUAUGCUGUUGUGAUUUUGGCUGAUGCGAAUGAAGGAGAAAUUUGCCAGGCUUCUUGUACGCAUCAAUUAGACGUCGUCGAAAACACAGAAACAACUACUGCCCAUACUGACGAGCAAAUAGAACGAGCACUCCGUGAGCUUUUCGAAUCGCGCGAAAUGCUGCGAGGCCCUUCGAUUACAAACGAAGAAGUUGACCAGCCCGCUCAAUUUGACGAGGAACCGAAAAACCGGCAUAUCUUAACGAACAAUAACAUGUCAGAAGAACUUCAUCAUGUUUUAGACCAAUCCCCCUUGAGAGUUCGGAAAUCUGACUUACAGUUUCAUUCUUUAAGAAGAGCUCAUACGAAAGUCUAA